GCAGUAUAUUCAAUACUCUGUGCUCAACAGCUGAGUACAAAUGGGUGACAUUUGACAUAUGAUUAAUUUUUUGUAAUUGUUUGAUUUUGGUAUCGGUCCAUAGUCUACACGUGAUAAAGAGACCAGUAUAAAUUCUUGUGAAAAAAUGGCUUCGAAAAUUUCGAAAACGCAAAUUCUCGCGAUCUACAAAUCUCUGCUACGGGAGUCUGAAAAGUUUUCUAAUUACAACUUUAGGGCAUAUGCAAUAAGGAGAGUGAGAGAUGCAUUUAAAGAGAAGAAAGUAUUAACGGAUCCUAAGGCCAUUAACAAUGAAAUUAAAUUUGCGAUGGACAAUUUACAACUAAUCAGGCGACAGAUUGUUAUUGGAGACAUGUACAAGACAGAGAAACUAGUUAUCGAAAAUCUGCAAUAAAUUGUACUAAGAAAGAAUUGUAAAUGCUAUGAAGAAAUGUAAAUAAUAAAAAAAAAUAGCUUCACACAAAAAAAAA